AUGCAGCUCACGACGCCGGCGUACCGGCUGCAGCAGGACGCGGCGAGCGUGACGGUGCGCGUGUCGUGCGCCGAGACCAAGGCGGUAUCCGCGCGGGCUGUGGCCGAAGGAACGACGUUUGGGUGCUUUAUGGACCCUGUAUACCUGCCUCUCACGUUCCCGGCGCCUGUCCGACGCCUCGAUGUGGUGGUUUCGCUGGAUGCGGCGAAUACUGUGGACGGAUGCAGCUUUGAUGCGGCGGCCAUGGAGCUCGUGGUGCGCCUGGAAAAAGAGGUACACGGCACGACAUUCGAGGGGCUCGAGCGUCUCCAACCCCAGAUUCUAUCGAAAACCGAGAUGCAGGCACUCGAGCGCGAUGCGCAGCGUCUCGAAAAGGAAGAGGACAGUGCUCGUUCUGCGCCCGCACCCGUACCCGCGCCGACGCCUGCGCCUGCGCCCACAGUCCAGUUUCCUGUCGGCCUGCUCUGCGAGCCGCUCGCUUCGCCGGCCUAUACCGCGCUGGUCGCGGCCGGGCGCAUACCUUAUAUGGAUAUCCUCGACCCCACGCCGCUUUCUAACGCUGAGCGCGAGUGCCAGGCAGAAAAGAUGGAGGGCGAAAAGUGGGACGAGGGCAUGUACCUCGAUUCCACGGUCGAUCUGGACGGCGAAAUCGCGGGCCUCUUGAAGCAGCGUCUUUCGUUUGCCGAGCGCAGCGAAGACAUUGCAGAGACACGCACGCCGGCGCCUGCACGCGCCGCGGCCUUUCUCGCGCAGCUCCUCUUUGCCUACCUGUACGAAGACCGCACGUCUUUCCAGGACCCUACGCCCGAGUCUGCGUGGACCGUGUGCAAGCUCACGCGCUCGAUCGUGUGUUGGACGGAUCCGUUGGACCUGUCUCCCGGCCUCGACGCGACACUGCGUGCAUCCUAUCGCCGCGCACUGACCUAUCCGCUGUACCGCAGCACGGCGGUCUGCGCGCGUGUCUGUGAGGACGCCGCCGAGCUACUUUCCUCGGCGCCCCGCACACGCAUCCUGCAUGUGCUGCACGCGAUCGACGCACUCUUUGCCCUCGCACCGACCGGCACGGGCCUCGCAGAGCAGGCGACGACCGUGCUGCGGCUCGUAUGGGAGCUAUGGAUUGUGCCGCUCCAGGCGUGGGUCUCCCAUGCCGCGACCGACGCGCAGCUCGAGGCGGUACGUGCCGCAUUUGCACGGCAUGCACGCCCCACGCCGUCGUUCCUCGUAGAAAUCGGCACCCCGGGCGACUGGGACCUCGCCGCGCUGGACGCCGCCGCGGAGGAAGCGCGCCUCCACGGCGAAGGCGAAUUUUCGGACGAAGGACAGAGCGUGCAGCGCCCCCGCCCGGGCACGCUCACGGCCGUGCUUGAGUACCACCGGAACAUAGCGCGUGCGACGGCGGUCGUGCGCAACGCCGGUGCAGACGCGGUCGUGGCGCGAGUCCUCGAGGUGCCCACCGGCGUCGUCCUGUCGCUUGCAGCCGGCACGGCCGCGAUAGACGUCGAUUUGGACUGGCCGCUGGUCGCGGGCGAGUACGCAGGCGAGGUGCAUGGCGAUACGCAGGUCGUCACGCUCGGUGCACACACGUCUGCGCCGUACAGCGGCAUGCUGCGCCCUCCGUGGGCCGUGCUCGCGACCGAGCAUAUUCCGGUGCUGGGCCUGGGGUGCGCCGCGUGCCAUGCUGCGCUCACGACGUUUGGGGGCGCGGCGACGUUGCGUGCGCUCCCAUCAGAAAACUGGGAGGAGCUCGUGGACGCGUGGAUGUGCCAUGGCGACCAGCGCCUCAAUGCCAGUGUCGUGCAAGGGCGCGCCGACGUUGAGCCGAGCCGCACGCCCGCCGCGGACGAAAUCUGGGUGGGAACACUCCUGCUCAAGGUGGCUAGCACGCAGCUCGUAGGCGUAGCGUGCGCCAACACAAAAGCCCAAGGGCCUUGGGAGCUCCUGCAGCCAAGCAUCGUCCCGAUUCCCAACGAAAGACCGCAAGACGCGCUCUUUGCGCAGAUCCUCGCGCACUACUUUGUCGAGCAGGCCGAGCGCCAUGCCGUGCACCACUUUCUCAUCCAGGAGCUGGGCACAGGUGCGUCGCGCCUCUUUCUCUGGGCGUUCCAGCCGCUGGUCGAGAUGCACGUCCAGCGGCGCAUGGUGGUGUGCAAAAUUCUGUACCAUACGACCCACACCACGCCCGAGGUGCCCUAUAUCCCGCUCGCGCUCGCGCCUGCGCACUGCGACCAACUCCAGGCCUUGCUGGACGAGAGCAACGCUCUGCUCUCGCACAAUGGCAAGUAG